GUUAUUCCUCAGUCAGAUAUCGGACCGAAAUACCAGAUGUAUAGCCACCCUCAAUAGCCCUCAACCUGUUGUUCGACGAGCUCAUUACUGCGUUGAAAUGGCUCCCAAGGGAAGGAAAAAGGACACUGCCAUAUCUACGCAGCUAGAACAGCUCCCAAUAUGGCCGCCUUUCAAAUCACUUAUCCCUUCGAAUCUUUUGUCCAUACAGGAAAUUCUAACAAACCAGAUUGUCACAAUACCACACUUUUGGCCAGCUUCCCUUUGCAAAACCUAUGUUUCCUUUCUCUCGAAUCUUCCACUAGUCACAACACCUGGUAAGCCGAAGAAAGGUGAUGCAGUCAGGGUCAACGAUCGUUUUCAGAUACAAGAUGCCUCGUUUGCGACGCGGUUAUGGGAAGAAACAGGGCUGAAGAAUAUUAUCAUGGGAUAUGUACAGUCUGAGGACGGAUUGCAACUCGACGGGGAAGCGCGGAAACAGCUUUGGGGAGGUGAAGUGGUUGGACUCAAUCCGAAUAUCAGGGUUUAUCGAUACAGCAAAGGUCAAUUUUUUGAUCAGCAUUAUGACGACUCGAAUAAUGUCACUGUCCGUUCAGGUCAAACAGAUAUUCCGGCACGUACUACAUGGACGCUUCUUCUCUAUCUUACCUCUCCGGCCACGGGAUGCCUUGGUGGUGAGACUGUCUUUUAUCCUGAUCCAGCCAUCAAGAAAACUCCAUCACCAGAACCGGUGAUUGUGAACUUGGAAGUGGGAUUGGCCCUAUUACAUCGCCAUGGCGCGGAAUGCAUGCUCCAUGAAGGGGCGGAGGUCGUUGCAGGAGAAAAGUGGGUCAUCAGAAGUGAUCUUUGCGUAAAGAGAUGAGAAGAAUGGUAUUCUCAGGGAGCUACCACUGAGUACUCCAAAUGAGCUAUUUAAGUGUAAUUCUUUUUCAAGGAACACAUCCCAAAAUUCUUUAGUCACUGCUGUGAAUCUUGCAUGAAUUACUUGAUAAAUAAAUCGAUAUCGAAUUUAGGUUCAGAGCUGUUUAGAGUUUGAGUGACUCAGUGAGUGAGCUGGUG